GCGUGGGUCCUCCUUCCUUUUCCCUCGCUUCCCUUCUCUCGCUUUCUUUCCCUUCAUUCCUCUGUUCGAGCUCGUACUUUCCGGAUCCGUCUUCUCAUCGCUAGAGAAAACGUCUACCUAAAAGCUUCUCCCUCGUUGAAGCUCUCCUUCUUUCAUUCGUUUAUUUACCUCUUUUCCCAUCUCUGGCCUCUCGCCUCUGAUCGACUUCCCAACACUCAGGGCCAGGCUUUGCCCGUCGACAUAACUGUUUAAUCUAUCCUUCCGAGAUAUAGCAAUGGCUUUCGUCAAAUACGCUCUUCCCGCCCUCGCUGCGGCCAAUGCCGUCUUCGCUGCUAACUGUGGCAGUGGUAAGACCAUCACCAUCAGCAGCCAGAGCGACCUGGAUGGUUACAACACCUGCGAGAGCCUCGACGGUGACGUCGAACUCUCCGACCGCCUCACUGGCACCGUUACCAUCAACGGUGUUCAGAGAAUCAAGGGUGCUCUGACCAGCACUGGUGGCGCAAACAUCACCUCCCUCUCGGCCCCCAGCCUCGAGACUAUUGACGACACCUUCAAGCUCGAAGGCGCUACAUCACUCACUUCCCUCGACUUCCCUCAGCUCACCUCGGUCGGUGAGAUUGACUUCCAGGCCGUCCCCGUCCUCCAGAGCCUCGGUUUCACCAAGGGUGUCACGAAGGCUGGCAGUGUCUCUAUCGUCAACACAGGUCUGACUUCCCUCGACGGUAUUUCGCUCAACUCUGUUGGCAGCUUCGUUGUCACCGACAACACUCAGCUCGAGACCGUCGACGUGAACAAUCUCAAGAACGCCACCAACCUUAUCAACUUCGCUGGUAACUACGAUGAGCUGGAGAUCUCGCUCCCCAACCUGGCCACCGGUACCAACCUGACCAUCCGUAACGUCAGCUCGGUCUCUCUUCCCUCCCUCACCAAGCUCGAGGGUCAGCUCGGUUUCUGGGGAAACUCCUUCUCUUCUCUCAGCGCUCCCAACCUCACUGAGUCUGGUGACCUUGUCUUCGAGGACAACGCCAACCUCUCCAACCUCAGCCUGCCCGUUCUCGAGACUGUCAACGGUGGUUUCUUGAUCACCCGCAACGACAAGCUUAGCACCAUUAACUUCCCCAAGCUGGCCACUGUUACCGGUGCCAUUGACUUCAGUGGUGCUUUCGACAAGGCCACUCUUCCUUCUCUCAAGAACGUUCGUGGUGGAUUCAACAUGCAGAGUACUGGUAACUUCAGCUGCUCUACCUUUAACUCCUGGAAGGACAACACCAUCCACGGUACUUACAAGUGCGAGGCUGAGACAAGCGACCCCACCACUGCCGACGGCACCUCUGGAUCCAGCACCACCACCAGCGGUGACGGCUCAUCUCCCACUGACGAUGCUGCUGUCUUGACUGCCGCUAACGUCCCUGUCAUGGGUGUUGCUGCCCUGUUCGGCCUUCUCGUUCAGUACGUUCUGUAAAGCGGCCAUGGAUACCUGACAGUUGUGUAUGCAUCUUUGCGUUCUGGUUUCGUCUUUUCCUUCGCCCAUCGUUGUUGUAAAGUGACAUAAUAAGCACUGGGGUUUUGAUAUCUGUACCGCGUCGUUCUUAUGAUAAUAAUUGAAGUUUUGAGCACCCUUAUCGUCUUCCGUCAGCACUUGUUGGAAAGCGCCUUUGGUCUACGGGCGUAGUGAGAAUUUUGCAAGGUGGAAGUUCCGAGCUGGCGGUGCUCGAAUCUUGUCAUAGCUGUAUAGAUGUUCUUUCAUGCUUAUCUGUGACGACCUAUUCGUAU